GUUUGGUAAACAGGCGCUGUUGCUUUCGUUAUUGGUAAUAGAAGCAAAUAUUACUCAAUCAGAAUCAUUGAUGAUAUUUUCGAAGUUACGAAAACACAGUGAGCUAGUUGACAAAAUCACUACGCAUUUCUGCAUGAAAGAAAGGGAGGAAAAGUCAACUGUUUUGAAGGAAAGUCGAAAUUCGAAAAAAUUCUUAUUCGUUAUAUACAGUGGGGCAAAAAAAGCAUUUAAGUAUUAUACUCCGUGAUGGAGAUCCCACUGGCGUUCAUAAUUUUGACGCUCAUAAUGGCAAUGCUGGUCGUUACUGUUCUUCUUGUGGUUUUCCUGUGCUUUCGUAUAUCCAAAAUAGGCAAGAACUACUCAAAGUUUCCUUCAUAUGGUGCAGCAAAUCCCCUUAUGGUUUAUUGGCAAUAUUAUUGGCAAUCUCAAAGUUCCACGUCAGAGCAGAUUCCGUUCAUUGCGAAUUUGUUAAGAAUUUGUUUUGCUAAUGCGUACAUAUUCCAACGCGAAGGGAUAUUCUUUAUCAUGAAUGUUUUUACUCCAUAUGUUAUCGUUUAUAAAGAGGAAUAUAUCAAGGAGGUGAUUAACAGCCGAGUUGCUGAUGAUAAAUCUAAGGAUUACAUUGCUUUUCAACCUAUUUUAGGAACUGGCUUGCUUACCAGCAAUGGCAGAAAAUGGCGAAAUAGAAGGAAAUUAAUUCAGCCAUGCGUCCACAUGAGAAACGUGGAAAACCUUAUUCCUAUAUUCAAUGAACAUUCACUGCUGCUCGUGGACAAACUGAAGAAAAAAGAAAACGAACCAUUGGUUGAUGCUGAAGAUAUAAUGGUUGCAUGUGCAAUGGAUAUAAUCUUUC